AUGUUCUCCUCUGCAGUACUAUUUGCCUUUGGUAUCAUUGCAUCUGUAAAUGGAUUUUAUAGUGCAAAUGAUGAUGUUAUUCAACUUGACGCAACAAAUUUCGAUCGUCUUGUUAUACAAAGUUCUGAUGUAUGGUUUAUAGAAUUUUAUGCAUCAUGGUGUGGUCAUUGUCAAAAUUUGGCACCUGAAUGGAAACGUGCUGCAACAGCAUUGAAAGGUAUUGUUAAAGUUGGUGCUGUUGAUGCUGAUACACAUAAAUCACUUGGACAACAAUAUGGUGUAUCGGGUUUUCCAACGAUUAAAAUAUUUGGAGCAAACAAACGAUCGCCAACAGAUUAUCAAGGUGGACGAACAGCUGAUGCUAUCGUUGAACAAGCUCUUAGUCAACUGAGAACUAUUGUUAACGAACGUUUGGGAAAACGAGGAGGAGGAGGAGGAGGAGGAGGCAGCAGUGACGGAAGUGGUGGAAAAGAUACUGUUGAUUUAACAGAUAGUAAUUUUCAGUCAACUGUUCUUGAUUCAGAAGACGCAUGGCUUGUUGAAUUUAUGGCUCCAUGGUGUGGGCACUGCAAGAGUUUAGCACCUGAAUGGGCUCGUGCUGCAACAGAAUUAAAAGGUAAAGUUAAACUUGGUGUUGUGGAUGCAACUGUUCAUACUCAAUUGGCUCAACGAUAUGGUGUACAAGGCUUUCCAACCAUAAAAUUCUUUCCAGCCGGUAGAAAAGAUGGCCAAGCAGAGGAUUACAAUGGUGGACGAAGUUCCAAUGAUAUUGUUGCUUGGGCUUUGGAUAAACAUCAAGCAAGUACUCCUCCACCUGAUGUAUUUGAAAUAACUGGCCAAGCUGAUUUAGAUAGUAAUUGUGCUGAAAAACAAUUGUGUAUAAUAUCAUUUCUACCCAAUAUACUUGAUUGUCAAUCAAAUUGUCGUAAUGAACAUAUAAGAAUGUUGAAAAAAUUCGGUGAAAGUUAUAAACGUAAUGGUUGGGGUUGGUUGUGGGUUGAAGCAUUUCGUCAACCAAAACUUGAAGAAAGUGUUGGUAUAGGUGGUUUUGGUUAUCCAGCACAAGUUGCAGUUAAUGCGCGAAAAGGAAAAUAUGUUGUAUUGAAAGGUGCAUUUAGUGAAACGGGUAUUAGUGCAUUUUUAAGAGAAUUAUCAACGGGUCGUUUAACAAGUCCGCUUGUACCAUUAAGUGGUGUUGCGGAUGGAAAAUUACCAACUAUUGUUGAUAGUGAACCAUGGGAUGGUAAAGAUGGAAAACUAGAUGAUGUUGAAGACAUUGAUCUUAGUGAUGUUAAUUUCGAUGACGAUGAUGAUUUUGAUAUGAAAAAGGAAAGAGUUGAUUUAUAA